AUGAAGAGCACAUUUUAUGAGCCAAAUGAAAAUAGCUCAAGUGACAAUAUGAAUGAAGAUUUUUUAAAUUAUCCUAAUUUUAAGAAAUUUAUUGAUAAUAGCAACCAUAAUGAUAAUGAACAUUUUGAAGAAUCACGAAAAUAUAUACAUAGGGAAAUAACUAGAACACUUAAUGCAAAUUCUAUGAAGUCAUAUAGAAACACAGAAGAAAGUCAUCUACAAAAUAGUUCUCACUAUAAAUAUGUGACAACCAAUGCAGAAGUUCAAACUAAAAAAGAAUUUUCUAACAAUAGUAAGGAUGAUAUUGAAUUAAAACGACCUAAAAAUUAUAGCAAUUAUGGAAAUUACCCAAAUAGCAAUUAUAAUAAUUGCAUAAAUUAUAAGAAUGCUAAUAGUAAAAAUAAUAAUGCUGUAGUGUUUCCUGGGCAAAAAACUUAUGCGAUUCAAAAUGAGCUAAUAAUGAAUGAUCAUAUAAAUGGGAGAAAAAAAAAUGAAAUAACUUAUGAAGAUGGAAACAAAAUAGUUGAGACACUAUUAAACGAAAAGAAGAAUUUAUUAAAACAUGAAUUCUUUCAUGGAGAGUCUCAGGAAAAUAAAAGAAUAAAUCAGAAAAUCGAAAAUUUUAUUUUUACAAAUGAAGAAAAGCUAAAUUAUUCAACAAAUAAUAACGAAUGUAAUAAAUAUGAAGUGAGUGGAAAUAAUGAUAAUAUUGUAGAAAAUAUAAAUAUGAAUGUGCUUAACCAUAAUGAAUUUAAUAAUAUGAAAAAAAAAAAUAAUUUAGUUUCAACGAAAGAUGGGGAAAAAAUGAAUAACCAAAAUGGAAAUGAUAAUGUAGAUCAGCAUUUUAACAAUCAAGAUAUUGAGAAGGAAUAUAGAGACAAAAACUCAUAUAUAAAUGAUUUUAAAAGUAAAAUACCCCAGAAUAAUUCUCUAAACAAUGCAUUCAGUAAUGCAUUUAGUAGAGGGUCUAAUAGGGACAUAAGUAAUAAUAUUAAUAACACUAUAGGUGUUAAUAAUAUGAACGGUUAUAGAAUGAGUGACAAUAAUGUGUACAGGUAUGAUACCAAGAAUAUAAUGCAAAUAAAUCCAAAAAAUAUCCAUGAAAAAAGAGAAAGUUGCAAAAUUCAUAGAAUAGAAAAUAACCCAAACAAGUUAAAAAAAUACAACAAUUUGAAAGAAAUUUUUUACCUGAAUAGCAAUCAAAGACAUUUCUACCCCAAUAUAGAGCACAUAAAAAAUAAAUCAGAAUUUUUUUUGAGAAGCAACACCGAUGAAAGAAUAUAUGCAAAUAACAUGAUUUAUGAUGAUUAUUUUACCAUUGAGAAUUUGGAAAAAUCGGAUGGCAAAAAGGAGUGCUUUAGAAAAGGAGAGUAUAAAAAUAACAGCAACCAUAGCAAAAAUAUUAAUAAGAAUGUCUGUAGCAUCAAUAACAACUCUAUAAUUAAUCGUAAUGAUAAUAAUAUUAGGAAUAACCAUAUUAACAAUAUUGAUAGCAUUAAUGCAAGGAAAGACAACGUCUUAAGAAUUAAUUUUUGUAAAGGUGUUCAUAGAAAGGAAUUAAUAUCAAAUAAAAUGAAAAAUAUAAAUUUUAUGGAGAAAAAUAAUAAAAUAAUUAGAAAUAAUACGAAAGAUGAUUAUUUUAAUGAAAAUAAUGUGAAUGAGCUAUUGAUGGAUGAUAUGAAUAGCGAGCAUAGUCAUAUACGUAAAGAUUACAUUUAUAGUAGUAUAAAUACGAAUGAAGAAACUAGUAACAUUUCGAAUGAUAACUUAAAGGAUACAUUUUUGUUACAAAAUAAUAAUGAUAUGUUAUUGCAAAAUGCUAACUAUAUACCCCAAACAUUGCAUAGUAAUGAUUUUAUACAUACGAAUGAAAAUUUUAUGUAUAAUAAAGACUAUUCAAAUGAUCAUAUUAAUACACAUAUCAAUAAUAUUCAAAUGGAUGGCAUUAAAAUACCAAAUUCACUAAUGAAAAAUGUAUUUUCAAAAAAAAAUACUUAUCAAAACAAAAAUGAUAUAGAUAAUUUUGAGAAUUACACAUUAAAUGAAAGAAGAGAUACGCAUUAUGUUAGUUGUUUUAUGCAUGAUAACAAUGGGAAUAAUGGUAUAAAUAAUUCAAUAUCUACAGGCAUAGUUAGUGCAUUACAUAGUGAUGCGAAUAAUGCCAUUUAUAAUGACACGAAUAGUGUAUUAUUGAAUGUUACAGAUAGUGAAAUGCACAAUGCCAUGCUUAGUGACAACUCUAAUAAUAUAACAAAUGCAAUGUCUAAUGGAAUAAAUAGUAAAAAUGGUGGCGAUAAUAUGCUAUUUUUAAAACAAAUGUCUAUGUUCGAAGAUGUGAAUAUGAAUAUGCCUUAUGAUAAAAUGAAAUCAAAGGAUAGCACUACGAUUAAAGUGAAUGAGAUAAAUGAAAACGAUGAUAUUGUAAUAAAAUUAUUUUUCGGUAAUUUAGCACCAAUAACAACAGAAAAAGACAUGCAUACUUUGUUUAGUAAUUUUGGAAGAUGUGAUUCAUUAAUAAUAUUAAAAGACAGAAGAAGUAAGUCGCGAGGAUCUGGAUUUGUUACUUUUUAUAAUAUGAAAGAAGCCAUAAAUGCAAUAAAAAAUUUGAAUAACAAAAUCAUUUUAUCAGGGGCUCAUAAGCCAUUGGAAGUUCGAUUUCCUGAAAAUAAAGAGGAAAAAAAAUUAAGAACAAAAUUAUUAAAUGCAGCUAAAUGGAAAGGUAAAAAGAUAGCACCUAGUGGCUGUUUACCUAUAAAUACUGAAGAUAUAUUAAAUAUAAAUACGAUAAACUUGAACAGUUCAAGUAAUAUUUCAGCUUUUAAUGCGAAUGAUUCAUCUUAUUUCAUUUCAGAAAAUGACAACACAUCUUAUAUCCAUAAAGAACCUAAUAAUUGGCUAUAUAAUAAUAAUGAUGAAUUAGGAUGUUCUAGCGUUGAUCAAUUGGGAGUAACGAAUGUCAGCAGUUUUUAUAGGCAAAGUGAGGAAAACAUGGAAUUCAAAAGUCUUGAAAAUUUAAAUUGUGGAAACAAUUAUUCAGAGCUUCAAAAAACUAUUAGCGAAACAACAAAUGAUACAAUAAAUGGCGACUAUUACAAUAGGUUCGACUAUGGUCAUGAAAAGUAUAGAUACAAUAGUUUUGAGUUAAAAAAAGAAGACAAUGUAUCAGGUGAUAUGAGUAUAGAUUUGUUAAUGCAAGAGAAAAACUAUAGCAACUUACUACCUCAGUUUUUAUUUGACAAUAAAUUUUCAGAAAAAUUGGGAGAAAAUUCGUUUGAAGAAAUGCUAGACUUGUUUACAUAUGAUAGUAAUAAUGCUAAUAACAACAAUAAUAGUAAUAGUAGCGAUUUAGGGAGGAAAGAGUUUAUAAAUAAACAUAUAUUAAAUGAAAAUGAUGAUCGUACUAGCAACAAUAUAAUAAUUCCAGGCAUUACCCUUAAACCUGAGAGUAUGCACGGCUAUCAGCAUAUCGAUAUGGGUAAAUCGAGUAGCAGCAUUAACAAUGCUAAUAUGAAAAUAAGCAACAAUAUGGCUGGAAAUAAUAAUAACGCUUAUACAAAUAACUACUACGUGAAUAAUAAUUGUAAUAUGAACAGAUAUACUAAUGGGGAAGAAGAGGAUUAUAAUAAUUUGGAUUUUUCAAAAGCUUGUAAUAAAUUAGAAAAAAGGAUAACACAUGGAGAUGAUGCAGACAUGUUUUUAUCGUCAUGUAUUGGAACGAAUUGUGCAUUUAUUGAUGAAAAGGAUCGAAACUAUAAGGAUCAUUAUGAAGGAAGCGAAUCUUAUAUAAAUGAAAAAUUGCACGAAAAAAAAACGAGCAAUAUUUGUAAUAGUAGCAAUAGUAAUAUAACAGAUAAAAUUUGUCAGAGAGAUUUCCAGAAUAUUCCAGAAGAAGUAUAUGAUAUUGUAAAUGAAGACAAUGUUAUUAAUAGUAUAUAUGAAAGCAAUAAAAAUUAUGAUGGUUAUAAUAAUAUUAAUGUGCAUUGCUUAGGUUUUAAACUAUCACAUUUAUUAAGAACAAACGAUGAUGUUUUGUUAAAAAAUAAUUCUAAUAAUACAUGCUCUGGUAAUAGUGACCAGAUAGAGAAUAAAGAAAAUAAUAUAAUAAUAAGUGAUUAUCGUAGAAAACGAAUAGAAGGGAAAAGAGAUAAUAAUAUAUACAAUAUGAGUGACCCCAAUCCAAAUAAUUUACCUAACAAACUUAUAGAUGACAAUAAUAAAUUUAAUAAUAACAAUUUUGAAAUUAAUGAUAAUUUAAGUGAUGAAAUGUUAAAAAAUAUGAUUAGUAUUUAUGCUACAAAUAAAUCAUCGAUUUUUACUUCUCAUAUGUUUAACUAUUUAAAUAAUGUCUUGUGUGAAAUUAAUAACGCCUUGGAAAUAUUUAAUAAGUUUAACGUUAAGGAUUCAAUAAAAAAUAUAAAUGACCGUAAAAAGUUUAAAAAGUAG